UAUUUGUGUUCAGACUAGAAUACUUACCUAAUAUUACUUAGCCAGACUAGCCAGAAAAAGAAGAACCGUUAAACACGCAUUCACACAUUCCCAUAUGAUAGGACACACACAGGCCAAACACAUAUGUGCACAGACGCCCACACACACGCGCAUGGUUUUGUUGAUCUAUAUUUAUGAGCAGGUCUUGUUACUGGGACAUCAGCCAAAUAAAUUAUUACAGAAAUGGUGCUAUAGCUCAUACGUGGUUGAUGAUGUGUAUUACAUGUUGGGGCUCCAUGAUUGACCGCUGAGUGUUGUCUUGAGGUGCGGUGCGCGCUCCGCUCCACUCCGCUGUGCUGCUGCUGCUGCUGCAGGGGGAGCGUCCGUCCAGAGCCUGCAGUGCUGCGAUGUGUGGCUGCUGCGUUUUUCCACAUCUAAUCCCAUUUCCAAGACCGGUUGAGAAACAAAUUCAUUAAGAGGGACGACCUCCUUGCAGGGCGGGUGCGUGAAGCAGCUUACAGUGUGCGUCUUUGGACUGAGAUGGGGGAGGCGCUCACUCCUUUCUGUAACUAUCUACAUGGUUUCUGGAGAUGCAGGUGCCUACAGAGGAUGACCUUUCACUGACUGGAUAGAGGCAGUUGGGUUUUAGGAUGCGCUCCCUAAGGAAGACGGUGUUGCUCGCCAUUCUGGUGUCUGUGGUGCUGGUACUGGCCCUCCUCCAUUCAUGGCCAACUCGGGCCUACAACACAGUGGAUGUGUGGCAGCGACCAGGGCCAAUAGUAGAGAGGCACCUGGAGGACAGGCUCCCAGAACCAGACCAACGAUUAGGCAACAUCCCCUUUCAUGUGAGGGAUAAUGUGGCAAGUUUGUUGGCCCGUAACGGGUGCGUAUGUGAGGGUGAGAGUGGAGGAGUAAACCUGCCCUUCGCCCAACUCUUAUUCCCGCGGGUGUCAGCUCACCCGCUGCACACUGCCUUUGAGGCCUCCGAGCUGGAGGAGAUGAAGAGGAGACGGGCCAAAGAGUACAAGAGUUUCCAGAAGAGGUCACAGACUCCUGCAGAUGUUCUCAUUGUUGCAGAGGCUAACAAUCCCUUACAGUAUCCAACACAGGGGGUGGAGGUACGGCCCCUGAAAACAAUCAUCAUCCCAGGCUUGGCCUUACACAACCUUCCCAGAGACCAUUACUCAAUAAACAUCACUGCCACACUGGGAACGCUGAAUGUGGCAGCAGAGGUAGACGGGGUGAAAAUCAAAGGCGAUGGUGAGAUGCACAUGACUCUGUCUAGCAGCCUCCUGCCGAACCUGAACCGACAGCUGCAGUUUGUCACCUACACAAACACUCUGUUUCACCCUAGCACAGCUGACACAGUGCAGUUUGAGACAGAGGGGCAUCAAGCUGUCUUCAGUAUCAAGAUCCGUCACGGUGUAACACCCAAACUGUACAACACUGGAUCCAAAGGAGACUACAAUGUGAGCGCCCUCGUUACCAUAGCUACAAAGACUUUCCUGCGUUAUGAUAAGCUUCAAGAUCUUAUCGACAGCAUCAGAAGAUACUAUCCUACUGUCACCAUAGUAAUCGCUGAUGACAGUGAAAAUCCCAAAACCAUCUCUGGGCCUUACAUCGAACACUACAUCAUGCCUUUUGGAAAGGGUUGGUUUGCCGGACGAAACCUGGCCGUAUCCCAGGUGACCACAAAGUACGUGCUGUGGGUGGAUGAUGACUUCAUUUUCACGGCCAACACAAAGCUGGAGAAGCUUGUGGAUGUUUUAGAGAGGACCACUCUGGAUCUGGUGGGUGGUGCAGUGCGGGAGGCCACAGGGUAUACUGCCACAUACAGACAGACCAUCUCCAUCGAGCCAGGGGAGGAGGACGGUGACUGUUUACACAUGAGGAGAGGAUUUCAUCACAUCAUCCAAGGCUUCCCCAACUGUGUCGUCACUGAUGGGGUCAUUAACUUCUUUCUGGCUCGCACUGACAAAGUCCAGCAGGUCGGUUUUGACCCGCGCCUCGCCAGGGUAGCUCACCUGGAGUUUUUCAUCGACGGCCUGGGAUCUCUCCACGUGGGCUCUUGCGAUGACGUCAUUGUCAAUCACGCCACCAAAAUCAAACUUCCCUGGGUCAGCCAGUCAGAGAGCGACAAGAUUUAUGCCAAGUUUCGUUACCCGCCGGCCUCGUCCGACGCCACGCACACGAAAAAUGGCCUCCUGUUCUUCAAGAAUCGAUUCCAGUGUUUGACUCAUAAUUAGUCCCCACCACCCACCACACUCACCUUCUCCUCUUUAUCCUAAGGUUCCUCUGCUCUUCCUGAGUUGCCAAAGAAGUUCUCCUCCACUGCGUCCCGUCAGAGAAGAUUUCAGACAAACACUUUUGUUUGCCUUUCGUUGAAAAACUUGAAACGGUUUUCAGGCUUCACCGCAGAGAACAUGUGCCAUUAGAGCAGUAUUAUAAUGUUGAUUCUGUCAGCGCGCAGCUCUGCGGUGAGCCGACAAGUCCUUUUACACUGUAAAUAUCCCGAAACCUGGCAUAAAAGUUCAGGUGCUCUUCUAGAGUUAAAUCACAGCAUAAUCUUGAUUAUUUCAAGGUUAUAAAGGGAUACUGCUUUGUGUUUGUCCAAACCUUAUCUGGCUACACAUCCUCAAGUUGUACAAACAGAGAGACCAAGCUUUGGGAAAACCCAACAGGUAGCAUCCAGACAGUCUGAGUCACUUCAUCAUCAUCCUAUUCUAAUGUCAGUAGAGGUACAAGUCCUCCCUCAAUUUGCACUAUCCAAAAAAAAAAAAAAAAUAAGAAGAAUAGAAGAAGACUGAGCUUGGGAAAGCAAUAGUGACUUGGUGAGAGUCUGAGAACGAGGUUUCACGGUUAGUGAGGACAAAGGUGACGCUUCCCAGAAAGUGACAAUCCUGUAGACACAGAGCAUAGGUAUCAUUUUACCGAUGCCACAUGAAGAACGUGUUCAGAACUUUUCACGCUGUGGUACCUACGCUCCGUGACAGGUCGUGCCAAAGGUAUGGCUGCUUUGGGAUGGUUUUAUCUUGUUUGUGUUCUAUUUUUGCCACCCCACCCCCCACCUUUUACCCAGAAUCCUUUGUGUCAGUUUUGAGUGAUUAAUCACACCUGAGGAGGAGAAACUUUUGGGGUCUCAUCCAUCUGGAGUCACACCUGGUGUUAGCUGAUCUGGGAGCAGCCUUGUUUUUUGUUUUUGUUUUUGUUGGUCUCCUGCUAUCUGUCACUCUCCGGUUUCUUCGACAAGCAUCUGAAGAAGAGGAGUGUUUGUGUCCGGUGCACGCUGAUGAAUAACAGUGAGACUGAUUGCAUCUUACACAUGCUGCGUAAAAGAGAAGUUGGAUGAACCAAAACGCAUGUGAAUUUUCUGUCAUUAUAAAACAAGAAAAGAGCUGGGGGAGGGAAAAAAAACAAGAAUUAAUGAGAGUUUGAUGAUUAUUUGACAUCUUGAAACACAGUCUGAGUGGUCAGAGCAUGAGAGGAAAACUGUGAGUGACACGUGGUGAGACAAAGCUGAUGAAACAAGACUUGAAAAUCCUGUUUUUAUACUGGCGGAGAGUCAGUGUGCGUCAAAGACUGUGAUACACUCAUGCCUGAAGUGUCGAUGCUGUUCUUUUAUACCAUGGCCUUUAGAUGGCGCCCUUGUAUCACUCUAUUGUUUCCUAAUAAGUUUUUCAGUUAUUUGUUAUCAGCAAAGAGGUGCCCGAGAUUUAUAAAAGGAUUUUUUUUUUUAAUCUCAAGAGGAAUAUUUUAAAACUAUCUUGUGUGAAGUUUUUGUCUGUUAUGGAUUUGUUUUGUUUGUUUUUCUUUACCAAAAUGUGACAUUACCUCUGUGGACAGGAACAAGAAACUAACUUCAUCAGUGAAAUUAUUCAAAAAAAGAAGAAAAAAAAAAGGCUUUUGUGUAAUUGUGUGUUCAAAACUUCGUCAUACAUUAGGAUUUGUAGCUGUCGAAAGGAUCUAUAGCUGAGCUUCUUUUUUUCUUUCUUAAGAUUUAACUUGCCUGCCUCACCCCAAAACCACCUGUGUGAGUCUUCUGAUCACAGCAUAACGAGCAUUUUUUUUUAAUUUAUUUCAAAUGUUGACAUAUUAAAAUGUCUAAAAAAACAAAAAACAAACUCUUUCAUUUCCGAAGCAUUUGUUGGGGGGUGAAAAUAAAGGGUCCAGUCUACAUUAUAGUCAAGUGUCCUUUAAGGCAUCCCUGUCCAGCUCCAGAGAGUGUAAAACUUAUAUAAUAUAUAACAAAAAUGUAUUUAUUUAAACAAAGAUCAGGUAUUUCAGGUAGUUAAUCGCUGAUUUUUGAUGUGGUUUUGCUGUUUCUUUAAUCCAAUCAGCAGUUUUUAUCAGCGCUCCUGUAAAUGUUGGACUGUGACAUCUUCACCCUCAGGACUCACUUUAUAUUUCACAUUAACUUUUUGAUGUGAAUAUAAUUGUGUCUGUUUUGUUUGUUUGUUUUGUUUUGUUUUCUUGGAACAAAUUCAAUAGUUGGAACCUGCAUCAUAAAGUCCUGAGUUCAUAUGAUUGUUCGUAUUGGUUCACAUCAUUACAGUCGUUAUUUUGUGACUAAUGCCAAACAAUCACUGAAUGCAUUCCAAGAGUAAAUGUCUUUGAACAAUGAGGACGACAAAUUAAAGCAGCUAAAGUCUCACAUGUUUUACUGCUGAUGAUGAUGGGACGAGUCAGUCUUUUUUAAAAAUAACAAACACACUAAAAAAAUGUAUCAAGGCAAAAAUGCUAAAAAACACACUUGGGAAAAUGUGAAAGUGUUUAUAAAGAGCAGACGUGUUGA